UUGUAAUGUUUCGUGACUGGUUAUUAUCAUUAUCUUCUUCCUCCAUUACCCAUUACAACAUCUCCACGUACAUAUACGUGUUGCGUGUUCCUAUUAUUGGUUGUUGUUCUUAUCUAACUAUUGUGUGUCUGGUUCAGGAAUCAGGACAUUAUCCUUCGCUUGCAAUUCCAUGGAGAUAUGAUCAUCCAACGCUGCUUGCAGGUACACCUCGUAACCAUAACAUUCAUUCCGUGUGGGUCCGAUUCAGUUGCAUCGAUAAAAUGAACGAUCAAAAACAAACUGAAGUCAUCAAAGUAUACGAGGAGUCGAUUGUUUUGGGUGGAAUAUUAUUAAAUGGAAAAUAGAUGAUAUUUUGGUGGAUCAUUUUAUUCUGAUUGAAGAUUUGUAUGGUGGGUUUUGCGGUUUGGACUUUUUGGAGUUGGGCCAUUUUUAAGUGGUGGGAGUCGGAAAGCGUGGCACGACCGUUGUUAUAAAUAUAGAAUAUUCUAUUUGGGAAAACGAAAAAUCAAAAUUGGUGGAAAGGUAGCAAUUGGAAUUGGAAGGGAUAACCCAAAAAUAGAGCAGAAAGACAACUGAGAUCGAGACUUUGAGACUUCGAGAGACUGAGAAUAAAAGACUGAAUUUAAUGAGACAAAAUAUAAGAUGAAAUACCAAAGUCCUAUGGCUUAAAAUAUAAGGAGUAUAUGGUAAGAUGUCAUUUACCCUGUGCGUUGAUAGUUAUAAUAAUCUAAUCCUACUUAGGAUAAAGUGUAGAUUUAAGACGUGGUAAGUUAGAGGGGCGUUUGCAGAAUAUUUUGAAAUGAAUGAAAUUUAUGAAAUGAAUUGGAAUAUGAAGGAAUUUGAAUCUCAAUGUACAUCGCGGUUGGUUGACAUGGAAUGAAAUAUGUUUUCUAUUGGUU